GUUUUGUAGUUUAUUUAUGAAAUGUUUUAUGGACUAGAAUGGAGGCGUUAUUUUGGAGUCUUUCCUGCGCUGGAUGUUGUCUAUGAUAUUGUUUGCGCUCUAUGAGCUUUUCUCUAGCCCGUGACAUGAUGUUUGGAUCGUUAGUGGCCUGCUCUCUGGCCUUUUCUAGCUCUAUUGGAAUGGACUUGCUAAGUAAGGACAGUGAUCUGCAAGGUACAAACAGCUCUGGAUCCUUGGGUGGUCCUGAUGUUCGUCGGCGAAUUCCAAUCAAAUUAAUCUCGAAGCAGACUACUAAAAUUAAAGCAUCGCCUCGCAGUCAAAGAACUAUGAGUAGACUUCCUGGGAAGACACAAGCAGUUGAAGAUGAAAACUUUAACUACAGUGAAGAAGAAAGAUAUGAAAAUAAAGGUGGCGAGAUGUUUGGGAACCAACGGCGAUUUCCAGGCCAUAUGUUUUGGGAAGUUAAGAUAAAUCUUUUGGGAGAGAAAGAUGAGACACCAGUUCAUUUUUGUGAUAAAUGUAAUCUUCCAAUCAAAAUUUAUGGGCGAAUGAUACCCUGCAAGCAUGUGUUUUGUUUUGAAUGCGCAAGUUUACAAGAGAAAAAAGGAGACAAGAUGUGUCCUGGAUGCAGUGAUCCAGUACAGCGCAUUGAGCAGUGUGUCCGAGGAUCACUCUUCAUGUGUAGCACUGUACAAGGCUGCAAAAGAACUUACUUGUCUCAGAGGGAUCUACAAGCUCAUAUCAACCAUCGUCACAUGAGGGCUGCAAAACCAGCUUCUCGUCCUACUGCUGAACCAGUUCAUCCACCUAUUGUACCACCAAUUGUACCACCACCUGCAGAGAUUCCAGAACGUUUUAUCAUGCCACCCGACAAGCACCAUCUAAGCCAUAUUCCACCAAAGCAACACCUAAUGAUGCCUCCACCUCCUUUGCAGCAUAUACCACACGAACAUUACAGUCAACCUCAUGAGGACAUCCGGCCACCCCCUGCAGAGAUUUCUAUGGCUCCACCACCACCUCGUGCUGUAAAUCAGGAAACCUUUCGCAUUGCUACUGUUACAACAAGAACGCACAGCAAUUUGAUUACUGUACCCAUUCAAGAUGACUCUACUACUGCUGGACGAGAGCCACCUCCACAGACUCAGCCCCCAAAGCACCAUCUUCCUGAAUACCAGGCUCAGCCAGUGGUGUCACAUCCGCAUCAUAUAAUGCCACCACCUCAGCAGCAUUAUGCACCGCCCCCCCCACCACCUCCACCAAUCAGCCAUCCAAUGCCGCACCCACCCCAGACUGCUGCUGCUCCUCAUAUGGUUUUCAACCAGGGUCCACCUCCACCUCUGACAACUGCCCCACCGCCGAUUACAGCACCACCUCCUGGACACAUUAUUGGUCAACUGCCACCAUAUAUGAAUCAUCCUCCUCCUCCUCCUGGACCACCACCUCCUCAGCAUGGAGGCCCACCUGUGACUGCUCCUCCUCCUCCCCCAUGUCAUUAUAACCCUACCACCAUGCCACCAUUUGCUGAAGACAAAGGAACUCUAAGCCCUCCAUUUACACAGCCUGGGGGAAUGAGUCCUGGCAUAUGGCCAGCACCAAGAGGUCCACCUCCACCUCCAAGAAUGCAGGGUCCACCACCUCAAGCCCCAAUUCCUGGACCACAUAUUCCAGAUCAGACGAGAUACAGACCUUACUACCAGUAAUAUUUGAAGUCCAGCAAUGCUCUGACAAAAAAAUAAAUAACUCUAGCAUACAGUCCUUAGACAGAGCCAGCCUGCAUUUUAUUUUAAAGAAGGCUGAUACAAACUGCUCCAUCGUAAUUUUUUUCCAACAGUCAUAAUGAUCUCCAGACUUGGCUUCUGUGUUGUGUUUCUGCAGUAAAUGGCUUUAUAGGUUGUAUAUUAUUGACUGCACUCAAGUGAGUGUAAUUAAAGCCUCUGCAGAUAAUCAUUCCUUACGUUACCUCGUAGGUUUUACAGACUGAGGAGCAAUACACUCAAUAUACUGUUCUGUGCUUUCUUAAAACUUAAGUUACAUGUGUGAAUACUUGUUAGCCAGUGUAAAUAAAUUCAGAAGUGGUUAUAAAGUUAAUGUUUUAGAUUUUUACUGAACCAGCUAUCAUAUUUUGGCAGCUUUCCUCAUGUUCUAGUUAAUUGAAGCUUACUGCAUUAUGUAUGGCAGAAUAAAUGUUUUUUACGGUCA